UUCGUUUUGUGAGCGAUUAGCAUCCUCAAGAGGCUUUCAAGUCGUUCUACUAUAGACGAUAAUAUCGUGCCCAUGAAGGCUACUACCGUUCCUAUAUCAGAGAUAUAAAAGUCGGGAGGAUUCGGGUUUCUUUUUCUUCGUGGAAGGGGACGAUCAUUAUCUCGACAUGGCCGUAGUUCUUCCUUCAGAGGAUAGCGACCUCUUUUCCUCCUCUUCCUUGAGGAGAUCUCAUUCUCAAUCUAGAUUUAUGUCGAACCCUGCGCAGACCUUUCAUACCUCGGCUUCAACAUCAAAGAUAAGCGACGCGUUUCACGGAUCCCACCACCAUCCUCGUAUAGUACCCAAUUCCAGCCCGUCAUCCGCUCCAUCCUCUCCUCGUACUCUCCAACCCGAAUCGUCCGAACCGUCAUAUUCUUCUACCCCAGCUACUAACCUAUCUCUCGACGGACAAUGCGAAGAAGAUAUUCGCCUCCAACCCGAUGACCACAUCUUUGUGUCCGGACUUGGCCACAAUCCCUAUUUUGAUCCGCUUGAAGACUUGGAGCCACCUCCGAGUCCACGAACGGGGGACUCAUAUACUGUGUCCCCGACUGAUCCUGAUACUUCAGCGGCGACGUCACGCCCAGAAUCACCGGAUGCCCUAGACCGUGCGGAAGAUGAUACAGCCGUCGAGCAUCACCCUACCCAGCAUGUCGAUUACCUAUCGCACGACUGGAGGGAAGAAGACAUUUGGUCAUCCUGGAGGUAUAUUGUUUCCAAGAGAACAGAGUAUAGCAAUGGGCCGCGACUUGAGAAUGCGUCUUGGAGGACCUGGAUGAAAGCUAAGUACAAGUUAAAAACGGUGACGCCGGAGACACUAAAUUGGCUCAAGGAUUGUGAUGUAACCUGGCUCUAUGGACCUCUGCAGACUCGCCAUGCAGAGUUAUUUUCCAACGAUGCCGAACACACGGGGUCCGGACUAUCGAGAUGCGAUUCAUUCGUCCAUAAGAAGCCCAUUCUCAAAAAGAGAAGUAUGUCAGAGGUCAUGCUUCAGAGGUCACUCUCUACUUCCUCACUUUUAAAACAGGCCACGGCUGCGGUUCAAGCUCAGCAGAAAGAUGGCGCUGUCCGUAUUGGUCGACCCAUAUUACUCCGCGCUACCACAGACUAUGUCACAUUUCCCUUCUCGUCCAAGAGAAAAACUCGUGAGAAUACGAGUAUAUUGGCAUCUAGAGCUUCCUCUGGCAUUGUCUCACCUUCCUCGGAACGAAAGCAUAUUCACUUUGACGAGCAGGUCCAGCAAUGCAUUGCGGUUGAUAUAAAGGGAGAUGAGGAGGAGGACGACGAAUUCGAAUACUGCCGUUGGGGAUACGACGAUGACAGCGACUCCGAUGACGGCGCAAUUAUGAUGAAGAGAACAAAAACUUCGAAGAAGCCAAUCCUUCCACGGAAGAGAUCUCCAGUGAAUACGCCCACCGAAAGCAAGACCAUUGCCAUGUUACCUUCGACAACACUGAAAUACAGAGAAGAUUCGCCAAACCCCGACACUGCAAUGAAACACAGUACAGGCAAUUUGCGGAGUCCUAUCUUAUCACCGUCUCCCUCGCAGGAGACGUUAAGGCCUUCUAAGGCAUCCGGACCAUUUCUUGUAGGUGACGAUGGUGAAGAAUUAGACGAGGAGACCAGCUCAACCCCAGUAUCUAGCCCGGUGGACGCAACGUCACCCUUUAAACAAAGCCCCCUACGUUCCUCGUCCACGAAUAAUCACGUCAAUGAACCAAGAGGCAUGCGUCGGACAGAGAGUGGCAUGUUCAUGCCAUUUGAGGAAGGCGACGUCCAACCCAACGAUGGAAUUAUUAGUCGAGUAAUAGAUACGGUCAAUACUGCUCGGGAUAUUGCUCACGUCAUCUGGAACGUCGGUUGGAGAAGGUGAUAAGGUUGAGGGCCGCAUCGUUUUAUCGAAGUACGAAGUAUCGGAUCUGAUAGACGGUGAGUAGCAGUGACCUAUCACCGGCGGAUAAGGGCGCUAUUUGGUACGGUUCUUCGUCCGGUAUGUCCCGGAACCACAUUUUGUGGCUAGCAUGAUACGAUUUCAGCUUGCCAACGCACUGUUGGGGCCAUAUCACCCUAUG